GCUGUUGCUCUGUAGUUCCGUGUUGUGCAAUGGACGGUGUCCACCAAGAUUUAACAGUUGGUACUAAGGACGGAGGCGCUGCCAUCUGGGAACAAUUCAAAGGUUUUGGUGUAAUUAGUGUCGGGGUCUGCGGCCGCUCGGUUCUCUGGCAGGAAGCUCCAACAGUCAUUUGCUCUUUAGUCACAUUCCACAACGACUCUGAGGGCGAGUCAUCUGAAACCAAACUGAAGCUCAGAGCGGCUCUGCUAAAGGAGCAGUUCACUGUUUCACCCCGCUGGUUCCUGUCUGGACAAGUCUGCAACUCUAACUGGACUUUUCCACACGUCAGAAACUCACAGCAGGAUCUAAAAACAAGAGGAUCUGACGAGCUUUUCUCCAGCGUCUCCAACGGCCCGUAUAUCAUGAGCACCACAGCCAAUGGCAACGACAGCAAGAAGUUCAAAGGUGACAUAAGAGGUCCCGGGGCGCCGUCCAGAGUCAUCCACAUCCGCAAGCUUCCCAACGACGUCACCGAGACCGAGGUCAUCAGCCUCGGCCUGCCCUUCGGAGACGCCACCAACCUGCUGAUGCUCAAAGCCAAGAACCAGGCCUUCUUAGAGAUGAACUCGGAGGAAGCAGCUCAGAACAUGGUGGGUUAUUACUCCACAGUGAUGCCCUUCAUCAGGAACCACCCUGUUUACGUUCAGUUCUCCAACCACAAGGAGCUGAAGACCGACAACUCCCCAAACCAGGAGAGGGCCCAGGCGGCUCUUCGGGCCCUCAGUGUGUCCCAUGUAGACCCGGCUGCAGCGGCUCCAAGUACAGUGCUACGAGUGGUGGUGGAGAACCUGGUCUACCCCGUUAACCUGGACGACCUCUGCCAGAUCUUCUCGAGGUUCGGCACUGUGCUGAGGAUCAUAGUCUUCACCAAGAACAGUCAGUUCCAGGCUCUGCUGCAAUACCGCGACGGUGCGUCCGCACAGGCAGCUAAACUGUCUCUGGAUGGACAGAACAUCUAUAACGGCUGCUGCACUCUGAGGAUCAGCUUCUCCAAACUCACCAGCCUCAACGUUAAGUACAACAACGAAAAGAGCCGCGACUUCACCAGACCAGACCUGCCCAGCGGAGACAGCCAGCCCGUCAUGGAGCACCCGGCCAUGGCUACAGCCUUCACUCCAGGUAUCAUCUCAGCGUCUCCGUACGCCGGAGCUACUCACGCCUUCCCGCCGACCUUCACCAUCCAGCCAGCAGUGUCCUCCCCCUAUCCAGGCCUGACGGUCCCCGCUCUGCCCGGAGCCCUGGCCUCCCUUUCCCUCCCCGGGGCCACCAGGCUGGGAUUCCCCCCCAUCCCUGCGGGACACUGUGUCCUGCUGGUCAGCAACCUGAACCCCGAGAGAGUUACGCCCCACUGCCUCUUUAUUCUCUUCGGUGUUUAUGGUGACGUGAUGAGAGUCAAGAUUCUGUUCAACAAGAAGGAGAACGCUCUGGUUCAGAUGUCUGACAGCACACAGGCUCAGCUAGCCAUGAGUCACCUGAACGGCCAGCGACUGCAUGGGAAGCCUCUGCGCAUCACGCUGUCCAAACACACCAGCGUCCAGCUUCCCCGUGAAGGCCACGAGGACCAGGGCCUGACCAAAGACUACAGCAACUCCCCCCUGCACCGCUUCAAGAAGCCCGGCUCCAAAAACUACUCUAACAUCUUCCCCCCUUCUGCCACCUUACACCUCUCCAACAUCCCCCCUUCUGUGGUUGAAGAUGACCUCAAACUGCUGUUUUCCAGCUCAGGAGCCAUGGUCAAGGCCUUUAAAUUCUUCCAGAAGGACCAUAAGAUGGCUCUGAUCCAGAUGGGCUCAGUGGAGGAGGCAAUCGAGUCCCUCAUAGAGUUUCACAACCAUGACCUGGGAGAGAACCACCACCUUCGGGUCUCCUUCUCCAAGUCCUCCAUCUGAGCCUCGGACUCCACCAUCUGAAUCCUCCACGCUCCUCUGAGAGCGGAGUCAGUGGUGUCCACUACACUCCGAUCAUUCCAACGCGUCUGCAGAGACCACCGUGAAGUCUGGUGUAAAGUUAAAUUAUUUUUUAAACUAAUUUUUGGUUCUUUGCCUUCAGAGGUUUUAGGGUCACUUUAGGAAGAAGUCCGAAGAAGUCAUCAUUUUGCAUUUAAUCUCAAAAUUCUGGAACUAAAGUCAGAAUUUGAAGACUGAAGAAGUAUUUGAAUACAGUUGGAAAUUCCUUCUUGCCUUCUUGUUGUGAAGUUGUUAACUUUUAGCCACUCAUGCCUUUUGACUUUAAUGUCUAAAUCAAGGAAUUAAAGUCAAUUCUGAUUUAUUUAACAUAAAAUUCUGACUUCAGUUCUUCAAAUUCUGACUUAACUCUUUAAUCUCAGAUUCCCAGCUCUCACUUUAUUUCCUGUGGCCUUGCUCCUCUUCUCUAAUCGUUCCCCUUUUGAAGUAACACUUCUGCCUGUAAAAUAUCAGCUCUGACAGUGUUUGGGAAGUCAUGGAUUUACCCUCGGCUGUCAGAUCUUAGACCAGGCCUCGUUCAGACGGGCCUGGUUUGGCCUUCAGAUGAUCCCUGUGCCUUAUUCCUGAACGACCAGGAAUGACCUCGACUUUGACAUGUAAAAUAAAUCUCCCAUCAUGCCUCUGUAAAUUGGCAAAGAGCAAGUUUACAGUUGAUAAAUGUUUACUGUUGAUGAGAUGUUAUUACAGAUAUAUCCAUAUUUUAUGUGUAUUUUAUUGGUGUUGUUUUCCAGUCCUUUAUGUUAGUGUUUUGUACUGCUGGUUACUGUAGCAUCAAACAUGUGAACUGAUUCUGAUUUAGCGGGUUUGCUGGGUCUUUAGUCCUAGAUGCAAUUCUAUUUUUCCUAUUUCUUUUGAUUCAUUUUAUUUUCAUGUAUGCAAUCACGUUUUAUUCAAAUCAAAUAUUGUAGCAAUAUUUUAAUCAUUCCUAAACUUUUAUUUGUUGGGUUUUGGUGUCUGCGAGCUCGACGGUUCCUCUCGGCGCUCUGUUGCCUUUUACAAUCCGCAGACGAAUGUUGUUUUGUUUCCGUAGUGUUCUGAUGGAUUUGUGCAUCACGAUGUUCGCUUGUCUUGUUUGUCUUGUUGCCUCUCUGAACGGUUUAUUUAUAAGUUUUUAAUCCACUACAGCUGAAACCAAAAACGGCCUUUUAGAUGCAAACAAAUCUGCCUGCCUCAGGUUUCUGGUUUUAAGGACUAAAACAUAGACGAUGGUGAACAGGUUUAGGCUUUCUUGAUGUUUUCCUGUGGGAAUGUUUUAAUUAAUUUCUCGACCGCUUCACUGGAUUCACUCCACCGCUUGAUGGUGCGACUUCAGUCUGAAUUUAUUGCAAAACCAGAUGUUAUGUGGAGUGCCUUCAACGCAGCGCUGAGUCGUACAUCAGGCAUUAAUUCCUUUUUAUUCUUCGAUGAAAGCUCGAUGGAGAAGAAACCCCGCAGCCGCCAGAGACGUACUGAAACCAGAAGAUGCUGGUUUGGUUCAUCUGUGUCUUAAUAUUAUUACGUCGACAUUCCAGCCGCUCAGAUGUCCACCUGACGAAGCUCCAUCACUGUCUGAACGAGAGCUGCUGAGGGCAGUCGUGGUGCAUUCAAGACGCCUAGGAAAGAAACAUGUUGUGCUCAGUGUUUAGAUGGUUGCUGUUCAGACUCCUUUACUAACAAGUCCACAGACUCACAACUUCAACUGUCUUUCCCUGAAUUUAGACACAACUGACGUCUUCUGUAUCCCACAAUCCAUUGCACUCUUUAACCCUUUACAUCCAAUGGACUGAAAUCUGAACACAGACAUGAAACACAUCUUGUUAGAUUCAGUGUGACUAUAAAUAUCUAAAAAUAAACUUUAGAUGUUUCCUUCUAAUCAGCGUCUGUGAUCCAGUGAAAGUAGUCUGAUGGUCACAGCGUGAACAGGAAGUGACGUCUCCUGAAUGUAAACAACUAUGAGCUCAGACGUCCACAGCUGACCGCAGAGAGCUGAGAGCAUCAUUCCUGUAAUACAUCCAUGAUACUGACUUCAUCCCCUCUAUCCCCCAAAGCAUUAUGGGAACUGUAGUUGUUAAGCUGAGAACUACAUUAUCCCCAAUAAACUAUUAAUACCAACAGGAGGUGGUUCUUACUCCUCCAUCCGUUCGUAUACAGAUAUUUACUGUGUGUUAAACCUCAAAAACUCAAACUAUUUUAAAUCACACAAAACUUUUUUCUUCAUAAAACUUCUAAAACGUAAAGUGAAGCUGGUUCACUGUGAGGACGACGACAUACAGCAGCCGUUAGUGACUGUAGGUUCAAAGUGCUGAACGCUGGUUCUGGUUCUGGUUCUGGUUCUGGUUCUGGUCCAGUCAGAGUCGACAGCUGUAGGACCACUGCUUCCAAUUCAAGACCAAAAACAUCCUGCAGCAAACUUGCAGUUUAUGUGAAGCAUGUUGUAAAAUGAAAGUUCAGGUUUCCUCCAUAAUCUGCUCUGACAGCUGGUCCUGGUCCUGGUCCUGGUCCUGGUCCUGGUCCUGAAGAGGGACUCUGUUUGAAGACUUUAAUAGUUUUAGUUUCUAUUGAGCUCUUUAGUAGUAAAGUUGUGUUUUAUCAAACUGAGGAACAGCUCCCAUUGUUGCAUCAUCGGAGGACGGUCAUUAUUGUCUUUAAUAAUCAAUGAUUGAUCAGUGUAUAAAGUAUUGAUCAUUAUUCUCUGAGGCCCAGUCAAACAUAUUCAGACUCGUUUUAUCACAAACACAAAGAUGUGAGUUUACUAUCAUGAAAAACUGGAAACAUGUGAGAAGCUGCUGCCAGAGAAGAUUCUUUGUGUUAAAACAGUUUUAAACAGUUAAUAAAUGAUCAGAAUGGACAAAUUAAUCCUCAACUAAUCAAUCAACUAGUGCGCGUCAGUAUCGGCCCAACAGGAAGUCCAGACAUGAACGUCAGUGUUCGAUGACAUCAUGGACGCUGUCAGACUCUGACGGACGGUUUCUCUCAGGUGACUUGAAUGCAUCACGCAGCUUCAGGUGAGGCGGGAAUGGGACCAGUAACAGGUGGAGGGUCGGUGGGGGAGGCGGGUUGUACAUACGUGUUUUAUACCACAGUUUAGUGUCUGAGAGCUGAUUGUUGGUUUUAUAUCUGAUGAAACGUGUAUAUUUUGAUUAAAGUGUGUGACGGUUCUGAGCCUUACACUGUUUGUGUCACAAAGGAAAAAACAGAUUAAAUCACUUUUUAUCUAAAACUGAA